CGGUCGUUGACGGCAGAUAAACCACGCCCAUCGGAGCCGAUCAGAGAGGGAAGCUGGUAACUCAUUUCGUGAAGGAGCGACAUGAGCGCUUGUACCGUUUCUUGAGAGAAGGCGCGACGCGAUUACGACGGAUUCCAUUGCUAUAAAAUACGCGCGACGGAGAAGUGUCAGCCGGUCUUGGGAUCGUUCGUGAGUUCAGUGAGUAGUGUACAAGUGCGUGAUUGGUUUCAUUUCGGACACGUGGUUACAAUUUAGAUUAAGUAUUGGAAGACGCUUCGAAAGAAUAUCGGCUUACGAAGAAGAAAGAUCGUUUAGCCUCGAGGAAUUACUUUCGACUGAGAGGAAUUUCUCGAUUUAGAUUAGGAUGUCACACCACAGCGACGAUAACAUGCUUAUAGCAACGUCCGAUUCUUUCUGGGAGCCGGGCAAUUACAAAAGAACGACUAAAAGGAUCGAGGAUGGUCACAAGCUAUGCGAUAGUUUAAUAGCAUUGGUUCAGGAAAGAGCGGAAAUUGAAAAAAGUUACGCGAAGGCGUUGAAGAAUUGGUCGAAAAAUUGGAACGACAAGAUCGAAAAGGGCCCAGAAUAUGGGACCACGGAAGCUGCAUGGAAGGGUGUUUUGGUCGAAUCCGAUAGGUUGUGCGACCUUCAUCUUAGGGUUAAGGAGAACCUUUGCAACGAUAUUAUUCAACAAGUGAAGACAUGGCAAAAGGAUACCUAUCACAAGUCGAUGAUGACCCUCAAAGAGCGGAAGGAAAUGGAAGAUGCUUUUAAAAAAGCGCAAAAGCCCUGGGCGAAACUAUUACAGAAAGUCGAGAAAGCCAAAGCGGAAUAUCACAACAGCUGCAAAACUGAACGAACUGCGGCUAAUAUGGAGAGGAACGCUUCCGCUGAUAGUUCUCUUUCACCCGAUCAGAUGGCCCGAGGCUCUGAAAACAUGACUGAGUAUGGAUGUGGUGCAUGGGGCAUCAGAAUACAAGAGUGCCUUAGGAAUUCUAAAAUAGGCGACGUUCAGCUUGUAAAGAAAAUGCAGGACAGAGUACAGAAGACGAAAGAGGAGGUACAAAAGGCGAAAGAAAAAUAUGAAGCUGCACUUCAAGAAAUUAAUCAGUAUAAUCCAAAAUAUAUGGAGGAUAUGUCGCAAGUAUUUGAUAAGUGUCAAGAAAUGGAAGCGCAACGACUUCAAUUCUUUAAAAAAGUUCUAUUUGGUAUUCACAAGUGCCUCAAUAUAUCACAGGAUCCAGUGCUUCCACAAAUAUACGAAGAAUUCUACCAUACUAUUAACAAUGCAGAUCACGAGAAGGAUCUUAAAUGGUGGUCUAAUAAUCAUGGUGUAAAUAUGGCUAUGAAUUGGCCACAAUUUGAGGACUACACAGAGGAAUUCCGUGACAUCACCAAGGGUUCGAAGUCAAAGGAGGCACUUCCAGCUGGAUCCAUCACUCUCAUCAAUCAGCGACCGGUCGGCGAGGAUCUGCAUGAAUUCCCUCCAGUCAAUCAUAAAUCAAAGUCAAAGUCUGCUGGUCGUGUUAUAACAACAGAUGGACUCCAUGGGGACAGUAAAACAGAUACUAUUAGUUCGAGCAAACAAUCUUCUGAAAAAAUUAAUCACGAAAGUAGUGGAGUUAAUAGAAGUUCAACGAUUACGAAUGGUACUAAUACUAAGCAGGAAUCAAAUCCAUUUGAAGAAGAAGAAUGGGAUGAAGAUGGUGGUGAACCAUUAGUAGAUAGUGGAGAGCCAGGGGUUCCAGUUAAAGCUUUGUAUAAUUAUGAGGGAGCAGAAGCUGAUGAACUCAGUUUUAAACAAGGUGAUAUAUUUGAGAAAUUGGAAGACGAAGAUGAGCAGGGAUGGUGUAAAGGAAGGAAAGAUGGUAGAGUUGGUCUUUAUCCUGCAAAUUAUGUAGAGUUAUUAUCUCAAUAGUUUAUGCAAAGUUAAAUUUUCUAAAAUUCUUUCUUGGUUACUUAACAAGUAAAAUUAUGAAGAACAAAAUCUAGUUAUUUUGUUGUUUUCUGUUUUUAUUUUUCGGUGAUGCAAUGUCAUCACAAAAGUUUAUUUUUGUUAGAAAAAAAAAAAAAAAAAAACACUUACAUUUUUUUCGUGUAUGACACGAUGAUUUGCAUAAGCUGAAAAUUUCACAAAAACUGUGAAUACAAAAACAGUGACAUUAUGUGACUGUUUUUCUGUUUUUAUAUCAAAGAUAGUUCAAUGAAAUGAGUUCUUUAAAAAGAUCUCAGACAAAACAUCUCCAAUUGCAGUUAAUACGUUUUUUUUAGAUAGAUAAGUUAGUAAAAUUCAUUGUUAGUAUUAACAAUUAAAAUGAAUAACAUGUAUGCAAAUCUUAGAUCUUCGAGUAAUGUACAGUCAUUCAUUUUGUAACACAUUAUUAUUGUUACAAUUAAGAAUCUUUUGGCUGAAGACAAAAAUUUUAUUUAAUUUAUUGUUAUUAAAAAAGUACCUUUGAAACCUUACACUUAUCUAAAUGGUGUCAUUGUACAUAAUAGAAUUAAGAGCUUAGUAAUAUUUGAAGUUAUUAGAUAAAAUGUCACAGUGUAUGCGAUAAAGUAUAUUAGGAUACUUUAAAAAUAUACUUAAAUUAAAUAUAUACUAUAAAUAACAAAAAUUCGGGACCCAAGAAUAUUCUUUUCUUAUUAAAAUAUCAUUUAAAAAAAAAAAA